UCUCUCUCAAUAAGGUUAUUGAUGCGCCUGUUUUUCGGCGAUAAGAUUACGACGAUCGCUCGGGUUAAUCAUUGACGUCUUUACCUGAUAGCGACGCGCAACUGAGUCUCAUUGAAUUAUUUUAUCAAGAGAUUGAUCGGAUUUAAGUACUUUAAAAAAUACGCUUUUUACGUAAUUGCUGUAAAAAAAUGACAACAUACGUUACUGUAAACAGCUGUGAGUUCUCGUUGGGGAGAGAAUUAUAUAAGAAUGCAACAGAUACAUAUAAUAGUUAUAAGAGUAGCAGCAUAUAGAAGUUAGAUAAUGGAUAUAAGAUUUAUUGGAAUUAUUUUUGACGGGAUUUAAUUACUCAUCCAAUCUGAAUAGCAUGAAAAUAUGGUCAUAAAACGUAGGAAUUUGUAGAUUCGACAUUUUAGACAUUCAUGUGUAGUUCCUAUUAAUCAUUACGACACAUAUAAUGUCAUGGAAGUGUUGAAAAAAUUUAUAUGAAUUGAAAAAGCACGUGUUAACCCACGUGGUAACUUAGCAACCAGUGACUAUCGUAAUUUGAUUAUAUAUAUUUUACUAUAUCCGAGUUGUCGAUUGCCUCGAUGUUUCAUUGAUAAAAUUACUUCAGCUCGAUAAGGUAUCGACAGUCGCUAACAUCAAAAUCUGUCUUGAUAAUAGCACAAUGUUGAGUUUUCUGCGUAUAGGUUGCGCUGUUAUUGAAUUAUAUAAUGGCAGCUGAUGGCAGCGUACAUACAAACAUUCGAAUUGCUUUGGGGAAGGAAGGUCCGCGGGUGUUUACAUUUUUGGUUAAUACAUCAAGCUUUUUUCGAGAAGCAAAACAGGAAUGCAGGCGUUAUUCGAUAUGAUUAUCAAUAAUUAUAAUACUCUGUUCGCUUCUCCCAGAUUGGAAACCAAACCACGGCACUUUCUGCUUAUCAAUGUGUGUGCCGGAGAUAAGCGGACGCGGUCCUUCCGUCCGAGGAGUGUGUCUACUCGAUCCAAGCGCGAGGAAAUCUGACCGUGGAUGCGUACGAGCUAGCGCGGAGCGUCGCGACGAAGCGUCGCGGCGCGCAUCCUCCGACGCAGAUGUGCCGGGCGCCAAGCGCCGGGCGCGAAGCGGAGCCACCGCGAGUGAUCAUCGCGCGGGUUGCGGCUAAAUAGCUUACGCUCUUCGACCGCCCUUGUCGCGAUGUGCGACCGUUCCGCAAGCUUCAAUUUGGCGGUUCUCCUUGCUGCAUGCGGUCUGCUGACGGCCCGCGGCGGUGCCGACGGCGUCGGCGAUGCCGCCAAUGUAUCGCUGAGCGACGAUCCGCGUUGCUCGCCGUCGCUCAGCGUGAUCCUCAGUUCGGAGAACGACACUGACGACGCGUCGACGCGACCCUCGGGGAACAACGGUAGCAUUUUUUACGAUGGCAUCAAUUAUUCGCCCGAUCUGCGCUGGACCGACGGCAAUGUCAUUUACGGCUGCAUUUGCCGAGUGCGCACAUGCAUCAGGAAGUGCUGCGCCAACGACGAGGUUCUCCGCAAGAACUCGAACAAGAAAAGGAUAUGCCAGAAGAUAUCCCAGAACGAUAGGAACACGUCGACAGAGGCCGAGAUGCUGGAUUUGCGUCUGCCGAAGGACCAAAUGUCCGAUGAGCUUAAACACAUUGACACGCUGAAGGAGCACUUCCACUUGGUGCAGGACAAUUCCUGUUCCGGUCGCCUCUACGCUCUCUAUCCCGAUGACUCUGGUGAAAUUACGAAUAUUCUUCUCCAGACGAACGGUAGCUUGCUGGACAUCGACAGAAAGGAACAAUUUCCGAUCUGGAAUUAUUGCAUUGAUUGGAAGGUGACUGUCCAUCAUAUCGGCAUCUUGGGCUGCUGGACGCCGGCGAGUGAGUCGAAAGAACCGGAGUACAUACAUCAUCAUGUGGGCAUCAUAGUGUCCAUUCCGUUUCUCGUCGCCACCUUCCUGGUGUACGCGAUUACCCCCGAGUUGAGGAACCUCUACGGCAAGACGCUCAUGUGCUAUGUCAUCUGCUUAAUCAUCGCCUAUGUCUUCCUGAUCUUGGUCAACUACAUUUACAUGUCUCCGAUACGCAUAUUAUGCUUCAGCACAGACAACGACUGACAUCAAUGGUGACGGCUCCGGGAAGCCCCGCGUGUCGCUAUGCUGUCGCGUCGGCACUUUCCUCAGCGGAGACGACUGCGUGG